AUGGAUGAUGCAACAUCUGACGGUGAUGUCCAAUAUGUCGCAUGUACUCUUGAUGCUAAGAAGGCAACAUCCUUGGCAGAGGCAGUCAUUAUGGAUGAGGUGGCAGACACUAUCGCCAAAGAUUUUGUCCGCGGCGGGUUCCAGCCGCGCCUUCCGACUUCGCUGCCACCCCCAGGGCAGCAGCAGCAGCCGUCGCCGCUACCACGCCGACAGCCCGUCCCGUUGAUGCCUCCCACGCAGCUUCAUCCGGGAGCGCCCCAGGUGGUCGCUCCGGUGCCUGCGGUCCCUCUUCAGUCGCCACCGCCUUCGGAGCUGAUGGACGUCGACCCCUCAGCCGGGCCGCCUUCCCAAGCGGUGGCUGUGCAGUCUGUCCUGCAGCCGCUUUCCUUGGGCACCCCCAAGGAGUCUGACACCGCAGCGCCUUGUCCGGCGCCCACUCAGCAGCCGUCGACGCAGCGUCAGGAGACGCUGCCUCUCUUCGUGGGUCCCGACGCCCCGUCGAGUCCAGUACCAGAAGCUGCGCCCGUGGUCACAGGCGUGCACCCUGACCUCGGUUUUCAGUCGGUGUUUCCCGAGGCCCCGCGCAGCCAAUUAUUAUUAUGUAUUUAUGCAAUUAAGUUUGUGUAG